UUGCGAUGUUGUUGGAUGUUGUAGAAUCGACAAGAGCGUGCUGCAUAGAACCUACUGGUUAACAUAUAUACCAGAAAAAUACGAAUGGCUUCUGAUGGCAAUGAAGGAGUUUCCUUACGUCCAAAGUUGAAGAAACCCAGAGGAAGCAUUUUCAGCAUGAGUCGAAGAAGAAUUUCCUGCAAGGACUUAGGAAAUGCAGACUGCCAAGGUUGGAUGUAUAAGAAAAAAGAAAAAGCUUUCCUUGGUAACAAGUGGAAAAAAAUUUGGGCUGUUUUGAAGGGCUCGUGUCUUUAUUGGUACACAAAUCAGCUGGCAGAGAAAGCUGAAGGGUUUGUCAACCUCCCAGACUUCAUUGUGAACCCAGCAGUAGAGUGCAAGAAAAAGAAUGCUAUAAAAAUCAGUAACCCAAAAGUCAAGACAUUUUAUUUUGCUGCAGAGAACAGAGAAGAAAUGAACAAGUGGUUAAAUAAAUUGGGCCUUGCAGUGAUUAUACAUCCAGAGGAUGAGAAAAAAGAAGAAGAAUGCUGGAGCGAGAGCGAACAAGAUGAUCAGGAUGCAACAGAGAUUCCUCCCUCUUCAUGUACUGCACAACAGAAAUGCGAUGAUUCAUCUCUGACUAGUGAGCUGACUACGUCUCUACGAGAUUUUGCUGGAACUCCUAAUUCUGGAUCAUCAGAAUCUAUAUUAGACAAUCAGUCGGCCUCAGAAAUCGAUGAAAUAUCUUUAUCCCAGGACAGCUGCCAAACAGAGAUCCAAAUAGUUAAAUCUGAUUUUUCAAUUGUGAAUACUCUACCAAACGAAGAGAUAAUUGCAAUAAAAAGCAAUCUCCUCACAACACGUGCAGUGAUGCUGACAACAGAGGGUAAAGAGCAACGAAGAAACACUGAUGAUGAUGAAAUGGAGAGGUUAUAUAAAUCAUUAGAACAAGCAAGCUUGUCACCCAUUGGAGACCGAAGGCCGUCAACUAAGAGAGAACUGAGGAAAUCUUUUAUCAAACGAUGCAAAAACCCAUCAAUAAACGAUAAACUUCACAAGAUUAGAACACUGAACAGCACAUUAAAAUGUAAAGAACAUGACCUGGCCAUGAUUAAUCAGCUACUGCAAGACAAUGAACUUACCUCAACGAAAUACAGAACAUGGAAGGAUACCAACGUUAUGCUGUUUCAGGAUCUAUAUACUCCACCCUGUUUUACUGAUAGUACUGAAAUUACCAUAGAUGCUUCCUCUGUAGAAAAUGCAACAUGUACUAAAAAUGACUCCUAAAGAAAUGAAUUUUCAGAACUGCUGAGAUUUUGGACAUGAAUAACCAUGAUUUCAUCAUAACGGCUCAUCAUAUACUUCAAUGGGACUUUGGAUUGAUCAGAUUUUAUUGCAUACAACCAUGAAUUUGUCACAGGUCUGGUAAAAAUCCAAUCUGCUAUUUAUCAAAGGCAAACUCACAUUUUAAUGUUCAUCAAAACCUCAAAACGAAUUUUCUGCAGAACUUUGUUGCAUUUCGCUUAUGUUAAACAUCUGCUAUAAAUGAUGUCUAUUUACCCAAAAAUAUGACUGGCACAGUACAUAAAAAAAAUCCAAUACUUAGAGUUACCAAGGAUGGUGGAGAGCAGUAUUGGAAUUCAUGGUGUAAAAUCAUAAAUGUAUUAAAAUGCAUGCUCUGUUUGCCUGAAUAAACACUAUGAUAAACUAGGGAUAUUGUAAGUAAAAUAUUUGAUCUUUGCAAAGGAAGCACAGGAAGAUUUAAUUAAAAAUACUCAUCCGAAAGGUGAAGAAGUUUCAAUUUUGAACAUUAGUAAAUAUUGAAAUACAAUUAAAGAAGCAAUAUUAAAACAUUCUUUGAUUUUUGUGCUACUGUGUGAACAGAACUUUGUCUUUAUCACCAGGAAAGAUAUUAAACACAUAGGAGGAGUUUCCUUUGCUGUUGUAGACUGGUGGUACCAACAAGAAUCUCCAUUAAAGUCUAUGGAGAUGUUUUAUGUUACCACCAGUUUUCACCAGAAAAUUUAAUUUGGCUGCUCAGCAAAUCAGAGGCAGCAUAUGUACAUAGCUGCCAGUCACCCUCAAUGUUUAGCUCUUGGUCAGCAGAUCUGGAGCUGAUGUUAGCUAUAUAUUUAAUAGACAUGAGCCUAGACAAAAAACAUUCAGACAAAUUAUUUGUCAUGAAAAAAUAUUUUCUUCAUUCACAUUUAGUUCUUGGGAUCGUUUUUUGUUAACCUCGUAUUUUUAAACCUACAUGACGUUCAAGUAGUAGCUAGUGCUACUGCUACAAGCCAGCAAGAAAAAAAGGGAAGCUUAAAUACAUAUUGGCUGACACAGGAAUCAAUCACCGAACAAGGACAUUGCUGGCUAUAGUUAAUGAAUAGUGUAAAUUUUAACUUCUGAAACCUUUUCCGCCUUUGGAGGAAUGUUUUAACUACAUGAAUGAAGGAACAAUUUUUUUUUCUGAGCCUUCAUUUGUUGUUCAUGUUUGUUUAUUCAUUAAAUUAAUUGCUCAUUUUUCAUUUAGAAAUUAAUGAAAGAAUACAACAAAAUUAAUGGUAUUUUGAAUUUGUUUAAAAUCUGAAAGCUCAUGUCUAAAAACUGCAGUAUUCUGCUAUUUUCAGAACUGGAUUUAUUAAGUGCAACACACACAUAUCUGGAUUUGCACAGUUAUUUUUGGGUUGCACUUUUUCUCUAAUAAAUCCCGUACCAACAAUAGCCGAAUACUUCAGACUGCAGCCAUUUGUGGCAUUUGUUUCACUAAACGAAUGCUGUAAACUAAUAAAUGCACAUACCUACUCGCUAGUCUGUCUAUUGCAGUUUAAGUAUAUAGUUCUGUUCACAUAACAGUAAAAUAAUAAAAUCCUGUAGCACUUUUAAAUAAGCUUUUUUAUCAUCCUGAAUUUGAGGUCAAAUAAAAAGAUAUAGGGGUAGAUCUAAUAAAGGGUGAGCGGACAUGAUUCCCUGUAGCGAAUCAUGUCUGCUCGACCUCGCUAAAUGCCAACAGCAUACGCUGCCUGCAUUUAACAUUGCACAAGCAAUGGUGAAAUGCUUGUGCAAUGCUGCCCCCUGCUCACCGGUGGCUAGCAGGGUCCGUCAAUCAUCCCGAUCGGAACGGGAUGAUUUCAGUCCACUAUUUAAAAGGUGGCGGCCAAGUUAACUUAACUUCCAUUUCAGACGGACCCGCUGCUUCAUAAAUGGAGCGCGUAGUGUUAAAUAUCAGGAAAAAUUAUCAGGACACAAUGUAUAAUGAACUGAAAUUAACUGUACCUGAUUUAAUCUGGGGGCUGAUAACUGUGAACUAAAGGUACAGUGUAGUAGAAUAAAUUAUAUUGUGCAUGUAAAUGGGCAGCAGCAACAUAUUUUUGUGCAUGAAAAAGUUUAAUUUAUAACUGUUUAAAUAUAAACUCUAAUGAAGAGGAAAUUUAUAUUUGUAUUAAGUGAUACUGGUGUACUAAUGUGCUUUGGCUAAGUGCGCACACUCCCACAGUUCUGCUGGGUAAAAAAAAAACCACACAGGCAUCCACAAGCCUAACAAGAAAAUUCUAUUUGAGCACAAGAACAGAAAAAAACAAGGCUAUGUGAAUUUAUAAUAAACUACUACUCAAAUUCAAUUUUUUUUUAUAUCCCUUUAAAAAGCAUAAAAAAUGACCAAAUUUCAUGUUUAGAACUCUAUUAUGUUCUGAAAUGUUCUGCUGUAACUGAAUUAAUUUGAACAUACACAUGAAAGGGCUCAAGUAGUUCAUUAUCAUUCCACAGAACUAAAACUGAAUUACAGUUAGGUAAUGUAUUACUUGCUAUAAUAUUAAGACAAUAAAACACUUCAGCCAUAGAUUACUAAAGACACGUGCACACUCCUGAGCUCUUAUCAGCCUACCUAGUUUUACUCUUCAAUAAAAGAUACCAAGAGUAUGAAGCAAAUUUGAUAACAUAAGUAAAUUGAAAAUUUGUUUAAAAUUGCAUGCACUAUCCGAAAGACAAGUUUAAUUUUGACUUUACUGUCCCUUUAAUUUGUAAAUGAAUAAAGUUGCAAAUACUAUUUUGUGUUGUUAAAAACUUAUCGGCUAUAUUAUAGAAACUAUGGCUUAGAUUACAAGUGGAGCUGUAUUUUGCUUAAGAUUUCUAGCAUAAAUUGUGCUUUAGUGAAAUCAUACUGUGUAUAUUAUUAUUAUCGGUUAUUUGUAGAGCGCCAACAGAUUCCGCAGCGCUAUAUCUCGCGGGCAUCUGUGCACUUGUAUUAAAAGUUGAUAGUAUCACUAAAGCGCAAGUUACCAGAGCUGAAAGUAACCUGGUUCCUAUUGUGAAGUUACCAAAAACCUACCAGUUACACCUUAUAUACAAAUGCAAAGCACCAAUACAAGAGCUAUUCAGCAUGAAUAUUACUUACAAGUGUUGUACCGUGUGAAAUGACAAUAGCAAUUUCCAUGCAUGAAAUUACCUUUUUCACGUCCAAUAGAAUAGUAAAACUUGUUAGUGGAUAAUUGACACAUUCAAGCUGGGGCAUAAUGGGUAUACAGGGCAUGUUUAUAUAAUGUGUAAUUUAUUGUCUUUAUUAUAAAACAAAAUUCUAAGCUAAUUUAUUGUAAAAAAAAAAGGUUUUAUUUUGGCAAUGUUAUGGUGUAAAAAAUAUUAAUUUCAAUGGUAUAAAUGGUGCCUUUUUAAAAAAACAUAUAAAUGACACAUCAUACACACAUGUACUGUAUACCCAUAAUGUCCCAGCUUGAAUGUAUUGAACACUAAUGUAAUUUAUUUUCAAAAACAAAUACCAUUGAUUUCACAACCUCUAAUUAUAUAUGUUAUUGUCACCACAUCACAACAUGAAGUAAUGUACAUUCAAAAAUAGCCUUAAUGAAUCUAGACAGUGUACUGAGAUUUAUUUUUCUCUCCCCUUUAAUGUUUCCAAUUACACAUUUUACCUGCUGGAGUGCAUUUAAUUGUUUACAAAUAGCCCCUUUACAUUUAUUUGAAAUAGCUGCUUUUGCCUGUUGUAUCCACAGCUAUACUGUGAAUUUCAAUACUUAAGUACUGGUAAUAGAAAGGCUGUAUAAACAAGGAUGUUUAGAAAAAAACAUGCUCCCAGUAGGGGUGCAUGGGACAAAGAGAUAAUAAAAUGUUCAUUUUUCCAUUGUUCUCUUUAAGUUCUGGUCUCACUGAACUUGUGGGAGAAAAGAUAAGGAAGAUUUUAUGUAAAUAUAUAGAUAAGCUAAUGAAAUCUGCGCUCCCUGCAGGCUCAGCCCAUUUGAUUGGUUUUAGGUUUAUUUUAGCAUAGACAGCAGUGUUCCUUUUAAUGGGCAACCACACGGCUAAUUUUAUUGACCACCCAGUUAAAAUAUAAGCCAAUAUUAAACUAAAAAUGAACUAAUAUUAAACUUUUUCAAUAUUUAAUUCACAAAUUGUCAUAAUAAACAUUUAUGUUAAAGUAUGCAAUUAAUUUGUGCUUUGUAGAGCAGAAACUAUACCUAAAGACACAAUUUCCCAUAGAUUUUAAAACCUGCAGCUGGUAUCACAAGUUAUUGUACAGACUGUCACUUUAAAUACAUCUAAAACGGCAUUAGUGUGGCUUUUUUUCUAUGCACAAAAUUAAUGUUCAUUGUAAAAGGUGUGAAAAUAAAACCUAAGAGGACAGUUUUGUGGUUUAUGAAGUUCUGUAUGAACAGUCACAAUGACUUUACCAGAGCCUUUCACUUUGGUUAAUAUUUCCCGCAUUAAUAUUAUUAUCACUCAAGUACAAAGGCUAAACAUGUCAUUUCCACUUGGCUCUCGUCAUUAACAGUAAAUGGACUGUUAGUUACAGGUUGUAAUAUUUUUUUCCAUGUAGUUAUAUUGUGUGAUCUAGCGGUAAUACUCGCAUUCACCUUUGCUCUUUUCGCAGUAAUGAUUGUGCUCCACUUGUAAUCUAGGCCUAUUUGUAUAGGCAUUCAGAGGAGUGAAUAUUGCUCCAAUAUACAAUUAUAUACAUUAACAUCUGGUUAUAAUAACAUUCCCCUGGAAAAAAAAUCUGCAUAUUCCCGUGACUAAUUGGAUUGGUAAGUCAAUGGGUAUAUAUUUCAUUCAUUGGGGCAUUUUUAUCAAGCUCCGUAUGGAGCUUAAUGCCCCGUGUUUCUGGCGAGCCUGCAGACUCGCCAGAAACAGCAGUUAUGAAGCAGCGGUCACAAAGACCGCUGCUCCAUAACCUGUCCGCCUGCUCUGAGCAGGCGGACACACAUCGCCACAAUACAACCUGAUCGAGUACGAUCGGAUUGAUUGACACCGAGUCAGCAGGGGGCGGCGUUGCACCAGCAGCUCUUGUAAGCUGCUGGUGCAAUGCUGAAUACGGCGAGGUCUUAUUCAGCGAGGUCUGGUGGACCUGAUCCGCACUGUUGGAUCAGGUCUGCCAGACCUUGAUAAAUAUGCCCCAUUGGCUUCUCUAGUGUAAAUGUAGCCUUAAUCCUAUGGAAACGUCUAAAUAUUGGCCUGGGGAGGUAUUAGGACUUACAAAAUCAUUUUACCUUCGAAUAUGUUCCUUUUAGUCCUUACUCUACUUACUUUCACAUAUUUAUUGGACUAAAAAAAUUAUAAUACAGUAUAAUGAAAAAGCAGAUGUUUGUGGUUUCAUAAAAUGUAAACUACUAGGAAGUUGUAAUUUAAAUGUAUGUAUAAAUGUAUUUGUGUUGUAAAUUAUAUUUGUGCAAUAAAAAAAAUCUUAAAAAACAAA